GAAGCUGCCCCAACGGCCCCUUACAUAUACAAGGCCACACGCAUCACAGCCGUCUCGACCUCACGAUCCAAACCACAAGACACCUUCCAGGCUUUUCCACCUCUAUCUUUCUCCCGUCUCGCAAUCUCUUGAUCCCCGGAGCAGCGAUGACUCGCGGCGACCAGAGGGAGCGGGAUCGGCAGAGGGCGCAGGCGCGGAAGCCGUCGACCAAAGGGAAAGACGACGGGCUCACGCCGGAGCAGCGGCGAGAGAGGGACGCCAAGGCGCUGCAGGAGAAGACCGCCAAGAAGGCCGCGCAGGCCGCGCAAGGGGCCGCCGCCGACGCAAAGAAGAAAAACGCCGGGAAGAAAUAGUAUUGGGAUCUGAUUCGAACGCCGCGCUGGAUCUGUUCCCGUUCCGUCGCAUGGAUUUGUUAUACUGUACUACUAUGUUCUUGUUAGGACGUCGAGGUGUUCUUCUGAUGUAAAUCGGUGAGAUGCGAGAGCUUGUUAAGACAAUUCUUUCCACCGUGAUCGGCCUCAGAUUACGCCCGUGUCGGUA